AUGGACGGCGUAUCGGCCGCAGCCAGCGCCAUUGCCAUUGUGCAGGCAGCGGGCAUGCUUCACGUGGUGGGAAAGUCAUUCUGGGACACGUUUAUCAGCAAAGACAACGAGGAUCGGGGAGGCGACGCGACCGCGCGCGUCGCCAGCAUUGACGAGUUUAUCCAAAAGAUCAAGCUUCUUCAGUUUGCCACGGCAGCGACACCACCAGCACCACCCGAGGGCGGCGGCGGCCCAGCCGUCCUAGCCAACGCCGUGACCGUGUCGGGACUCGGCGGCACACUGACGCAGUGUGAGGCCCAGCUCGCGUCACUCCGAAAAAAGGUCGCGAAGAUGACGCUUCCGGCUGGUGUGAACAAGUGGAAACGCUUCGUGGCUACGGUGCGUAUAAAGUUGAACGAAACCGAGUUUCCACAUCUGGAAUCUACAAUCGGGACUCUGCUCACACAACUCGAACUCAUCAUUUCGCUUGCGCAUUAUGAGCUCCAUGAGCGCAGCCAAAAGGCCCAGGCUGAAGCCGCACAAAUACUCCAGCGACUAGAACAGCGGCAACAAGAGGACAGGAUUCAGGUGUUUGACCAGCACACGGCAAGUCUCGCCGUCAUCCAGAACACCCUCGAGCAAAGCGGCGUGCAACUCGGAAAGCAAGAGCAGAUCUUCCAAGAGAGCCACGACAUCAUCAUCAAGGCGCUCGAGAAACUCACCAUCUCGCCGCGCCUAGACAGAACGGCAAGCGAGCUGUCGGGCACCACGGCGGGAACCGUGGCCGUCGAGACCAUGGAGGUUGACGACGACGACGACGACGACAACGACGCUGUCGUCCCCGUUGCGCCGGGCCUCAUACUCCACCCAGGCUUCAACUUUCGCGAUGACCGGCUAGAGGGCGCGGCCGAGAUUGCAAAACCCACACUCGACUUGAUCGGGCGGUGGCUGGACCCGAGCAGCGUGGACGUGUCGCGCGUAUACAUCCACGCCUCCAAGGACGACGACGCGACCCACGACCUGUGCAACCGCGUCGUGUACGAGCUGGCCAUGGCCAACUCCUCCAGGCUUUUGUGCUACAACGGGCUGCCGAGGGAGGGAUCCCCGCCCGCCGACGGAUGGUAUACCAUGACCCAUCUGAUCUGGUGGCUGUCGGCGCAAAUGCUCAUCGCCAUGCCGCAUCUCGACGGCCACAUGCCGGCGAGCGGCUAUGAUCCGGACGUGCCCUCACUAGUCGAAAAGCUGCAAAAAGUGCCCGACGACGGCCCAGCUUAUGUUGUUCUCUAUUUACCGGGAGAGUCUUGCCAUGGCGACUCGGACCGCAAGUUGUAUUAUUCCCUUGUCGCAAGCAUGUGCGGUAUUUCAAGUACCCGAGUAAGACUCUUGCUCUUCUCAGACGGCAAAGACUGUGAAGUUAUGAACCUUUUUGGCACCAACAAACUUGUCAUCGAUAAUGUUACCCGCCAAGACAAGAUGUCGCUCGAUGACUGGAUGCCUCCAAAUAUUGGGUAA